GACACAGCGCACAGCGAUGCUCACACGCCCGUCGCACUAGAGUGUGGGAUUUAUUGCGGGAGUUCCCGGGGGUGGAUUCAGUUAGCGUACGACCAUUGACUGGUCAAAAGGGACAUGUUGAGAGUCUCCAUAAAUUUUUUUCUCGUUACUGUAGUACUAUUGCAGUCUGCAGCUGCGCAAAACAGCACGAGAUCCUCAUUUCGCGACGAAAAGUUGUUGCAUACGGCAGACAGUCUCGAUGCCGCUCAAGUGAGGCGGCUGUCACAGCUGUCGAACACUACGAAUUUGAAUGAAAUAUUGGACAAUAUCUGUGUUGUUAGGGUCGUGGGAACUCCAGCGCAUGCACGAGUUGGAAAUUACAUAAAAGAUUAUAUGGACAAGCUGGGAUGGUCCACAGAAAUCGACGCGUUCGAAGACGAUACUCCGAAUUUUGGAAGACUAGCCUUUAGAAAUAUCAUAGCGAAAUUGAAUCCCAAUGCACGCAGGUACUUGGCUCUGGCGUGUCACUAUGACUCGAAGUACACGAGAGAAGGUGACUUUGUGGGGGCGACUGACAGCGCUGUCCCAUGCGCCCAGAUGAUGAACUUGGCUACUGUAAUGAGGAAACAUCUGGAGCCACUGAAACAGGGAAGUCUCAGUUUGAUGUUAAUAUUUUUCGAUGGAGAAGAAGCAUUCAAGACUUGGGGGCCCAAAGACUCGAUUUACGGAUCUCGACAUCUAGCCGCCAAAUGGCACGGGGUCAGAAACACCAUUGGAUACGAGUCGGAUAUCACAGAUUUGGACAGAAUUGAUCUACUGGUGCUGUUAGAUUUACUCGGAGCUUCUGAUCCCACAUUCUACAACUAUUUUGACAAUACAGAGCACUGGUACAGCCAGUUGGUCACGGCAGAAAGAGAACUAGCAAAAUUGAGACUGUUCGAUAAUUAUUCAUAUGGCAAGCCUGAACAGACCUACUUUCAGCCUUAUUCCAUUGAUGGCGGUGUUGAAGACGAUCACGUUCCAUUUAUGAGGAGAAACGUGCCCAUUCUCCACUUAAUUCCAAGCCCCUUCCCCCGAAUUUGGCACACGUCCAAAGACAACAGAAACGCCAUCAGCAUUCCCACAACUGAGAACUUGAAUAAAAUAUUGCGAUUAUUUGUUGCUUCCUACUUGAAGCUCAAGGUGUCUGUAAAAAAUGUUUAUAAGAAUUAAUGUUGUUUAAAACUUGUACAA